UUCGUGUUAAAGCCUGGGUUUAAACUGUUGUGAAGAAGAAAGAACAGAAAAACCCUAAGCGAAAAUGGAAUCGAAAGCAAUUUGCUUAGGGUUUCUUCCUCCAAGACUUGGAUUUUCAUCUCCACAUUUACUCUCCCGUUCUCCUGGUUCUUCGACUUUUGCAACGCGUCAGAAACUUGAUUCCAGACAAACCCUCCGUUGGAACAAACCGCAAUUGAGCCGAGGUCAUGUAGCGUGUUCUUCUAACUCUGAAUCAAAGCAAUCGGGUAAGAGUAACUAUGCUCGAGCGGAGCUGUUCCGUGGGAAAUCAGGUUCUGUUUCUUUCAAUGGCCUGACUCAUCAGCUGGUUGAAGAAAGUAAACUGGUUUCAGCUCCGUUUCAAGAAGAGAAAGGUUCUUUCUUGUGGGUUUUGGCUCCUGUUGUGUUGAUUUCCUCAUUGAUUCUUCCUCAGUUCUUUCUUAGUGGUGCCAUUGAAGCUUCUUUCAAAAACGACACUGUUGCUGAAAUUGUUACUUCUUUUUGCUUUGAGACGGUGUUUUAUGCUGGUCUUGCCAUAUUCCUGUCUGUGACCGACCGAGUGCAGAGGCCGUACUUAGACUUCAGCUCCAAGAGAUGGGGUCUGAUCACUGGCCUGAGGGGAUAUCUUACGUCUGCAUUUCUCACGAUGGGUUUGAAAGUUGUAGUUCCCGUAUUUGCUGUAUACAUGACUUGGCCAGCUCUCGGAAUAGAUGCGUUGAUUGCAGUGCUUCCUUUCUUAGUUGGAUGUGCAGUUCAACGAGUUUUCGAGGCUCGGCUUGAAAGACGCGGCUCAUCCUGUUGGCCCAUUGUUCCAAUAGUCUUUGAGGUGUAUAGGCUGUAUCAAGUGACAAGAGCAGCGACUUUUGUUCAGAGGCUGAUGUUUAUGAUGAAAGAUGCGGCAACAACUGCAGAAAUUACAGAGCGAGGAGUUGCAUUAGUUGGUUUGGUUGUGACUUUGCAGUUUCUAGCUGUUAUGUGUCUCUGGUCGUUUAUCACUUUUCUUAUGCGCCUCUUUCCUUCUAGACCUGUAGGUGAAAACUACUAAAAUCUCAGUGUUUAGUGACUGUUAGAUGUAGCCAAAUCCCAUCAGGUUUUGUUUUGUUUCUGUGUUCAUUUCAGGAGUAAUGAGUUGUUGUAUUUAGUGACUUUGAGAGUUUAUUGUUCUUGAGAUAUGAAAUUGGCUGGAAAUGUUAUAGAACGAUCCUACUUGAUGAAAUCUUAUUGGGGACUUUUGUGACCCUUAUCAAAAA